UAUUGAAAAACAAGUUUUGUUAGCAUGUAGGUCGUCUGUUCCACAAAAAUGGACUUGAAGAACAAAAUAAAGUCUAUUCUUAAAAAGCAGGACUCGCUAGUGUCUCCCUCAGAGGAAGAGAUUACCCAUGAUUCUUUCACAGGUGGACCAGUUGUUACCAGUUACAAGCAAGUAAAACCAAGUAAUCCUCAUGAAGAACAAGAAAUACUGGAAGGCAUUGAAAAAAUUUACUACAAUACAGAGGGUAUAGACACCAGUCAUUAUGAGCUGAUGAAACUACCAGAAGUGUUGGAUUUAGGUGACAUUGAUUUAGACAGAAAGAGGCUUCGCAAGCAACUGCAAGUGGUUUCCAAAAAAGUGUCCGAUCUGGUUCUCCAGAACCACCCUGCCUAUGCCAGGGAACUUCAGAGAGUGAUGGACCUUCAGAAAACUCUACAAUAUGCCAAUGUUAUAUGUGCCAAUGGCAGAAGCCAGCUGUCGGUUGCCAGAGAUACAUUCACUGCAGCCAGUCUGAAAAUGUUAGCCAACUACAGAAAGCGCCAACAACUAGUUAGCCUCUUAAAGUCUCUGAGAACAAUAGAAACUCUGCAAAGAACAGAUGUGAGACUUAGGGAACUGAUGGAGGAGGAGGAUUACUGUGGGGCCAUUCAGCUGUGUCUAGAAUGUCAAAAGGCAGCCAGUACCUACAGACAUUUCACCUGUAUCAGUGAGUUGAACUCCAAACUCCAGGAUACUCUGGUUAUGAUAGAGGAACAGAUAGAUGUGGCAUUAUCCAAAACCUGCAGCAAUUUCGACAAAGCUCACUACGAGAAAGUUCAAACAGCAUACAAACUUCUAGGAAAAACUCAAACGGCUAUGGACCAACUUCACAUGCAUUUCACUAGCGCUAUACAUAACACGGCCUUCCAGAUAGUGCUAGGCUACGUAGAACUGUGCUCAGGGACGGGACGAGAAAACUUCCACAAGAGACAAUACACAGAUUUAUGCAAGAAUGUUACUCAUGACAGUUUCACUCCAUGUUUAAUUGACCUGAGCAAAGCAUUAUGGGAGGUGAUGAAGAGUUAUCAUAAGACAAUGAGGUGGCAUGAAGAACACGAGGAGGAAUCCGAGGAAACGGAAGAUGGGAAAGCACAGGCAGACUUCAAUCAACAUUACAUUAAACAGAAACUAGAACAUGGAUUGAGCCGGAUCUGGCAAGAUGUCCAGUCCAAAGUCAAGAUUUUUGUCCUUGGUACGGAUCUGUCUGGAUUCAAACUGGAAGAGUUCAUCCGGGUGCUGGAUCUAGUCAACAGGAUGAUAGAGAUUGGAGAAGAAUUUUGUAAAAGCAAGUCGGAGGGCCUGCAGGAUUCCCUGAAACAACAGAGUUUAAACUACUUCAGAAACCACCACAGAUACAGAAUGGAGGAGCUUCGAAUGUUCCUGGAGAAUGAGGGCUGGGAGUUGUGUCCGGUCAAAUCCUCGUUUUCUUUUGUCCACUUACUGGGUAAUAAAUUGCCACUCCAUCAGGAAUUCCGCUUUAUGAAAUCAUGGAUGAAAUCCCCGAAUGCAUCACUGAAUUCCAGCUCCACAAGUGAACCCCUGGAGGAAGGGGUAUUAUCACCACCUAAGAGGAGAUACUUCAUGCAGGGGGAUGAAAAGAAUCCUUUUGAUGAAAAGCCAGAUGAAGAUGAAAAUGAAGAUUUUUUCUCUGGAUCAUGGGAUGAUGAAGAUAAUGGUAACUUAAGUGAUAGUGAUUCAGAUGUACCAGAUGAACUGAAGCAAGAUUACAUUGAUGAGUUGACUGGAGAGGGAAGGUCAAACAGGCAUUUAAAGAGAAGAUUAUCUAAGAGUAAAAAUGAGAAGUACAUUCCCAUUGUAACCAACACUACCUUGAAUGUAAUGAGAGUGAUAGGGAAAUACAUGCAGAUGAUGACAGUGCUGAAACCUAUUGCAUUUGAUGUCAUUCUUUGUAUGUCUCAGCUAUUUGACUACUACUUUUACAUUGUAUAUUCUUUCUUUGGUGCUGAUACAAAGGUGAUGCAUGAGCGCUCAAUAAACAAUCGCCUCAACAUAGCACUGCAGAGAAUCCAUGCUAAUCUGAUCGCAGAAUCUCAGGUACCUGGAGCCCCACCUGUUGAACAGACAGACAACCUGGAGAAAAUGCCCCAGGCCCACCUUUCUCCAAUAAUAGACCUCCACAGGAAAGAUCAGCUCUUUGGUUUGGCAGAGCGAGUGGUUGCUGUAGAGUCUCUAAUAUUCCUUGCCACACAGUUGAGCCUCCUUCAGCCCCACUUAGAGGCAAUGAUACCUUCCAGUAAAAAAGCUUUCCUACAACAGUUCUUUUCUCAGACAGUGAAGAUGGCAGAGGAAGUGAGAAAGCCUGUCUACUGGAGCGUGUCUCUUCAGGCAGUGAACUAUGACCAAGUUCAAGGUCAGAUGAACACUGUACGAUGGGACAUCAAGGACAUCAUGUCACAACACAAUCCCUAUGUAGACAGCAUGCUAAGAAGCUUUGAAUCUGUAGCUCAUCAGCUGGUUGAAAUUAACAGGAGAGUUCCCAUUCCCCGAGUUGUCUACCAGACAUUGUGGGAACACUGUGUCAGACUGGCCAACAGAACAUUUGUAGAGGGAUAUUCAAAUGCCAAAAAAUGCAGCAAUGAAGGAAGAGCUUUAAUGCAGUUAGACUAUCAGCAGUUUCUAAUGAAGUUAGAUGCAAUAAUAGACCUCAAGCCCAUUCCAGAGAAAGAUUUUGUUGAGAGCUAUAUAAAGGCGUAUUAUCUACCAGAAGAUCAAUUGGAUUCAUGGCUGCAAGAUCACAAGGAAUAUUCCAAUAAGCAGUUACUGGCCUUGAUAAAUUCAGUAGAUCACAUCAACAGGAAAUCCAGGCAGCGACUUAUCAGUAUUGUGGAAGAAAUGGAUCGAAGUAGACGAUAAAAUGACAAAAAAAUAAUCAACAUCCAGUAUCAAAUGAAAAAAUCCAUCUCACAGAUCAGUGGCUUUUCUAUAAAUUCAUUCCAAACUUAAUAUCAAUAAAAGAAUUUUAUCAAGUAAAUAUUGCGAAGUAUAUUUUAAUGUGUAACAAAUUGUGCAUUUAAUUUUCUUGAAGAAAAUGAAGCAAUUUAUGCAUUAAUCUGUGAUACUCAUUGUUUUGUAUAUGAACACAGUGCAAUAGACAAUAUUUGUUAUUGAAUAUACAUGUACUAAAUGCAUCAUAAUAUGACAUCACCUGUGGAAUAAACUGUAAAUGAUGAAA